AGAGCUCGGCGGCCUUACUCGGCCCCGGCGAGCUGCAGUGCGCCCGGAGCCCGCCCGCGGAGGAGCCCGGACGCCUAGCAGGCAAGGACCGCCGUGCUGGGCCGCGGGGACGGGGCUGACAGCUUCAAGAGCCAGAAAAAAGAGUUCUCAGGAUGCCAGAGCCAGCAAAGUCCACUUCUGCCCCCAAAAAGGGCUCCAAGAAAGCCGUGACAAAGACCCAGAAGAAGGGCGAUAAGAAGCGACACAAGAGCAGGAAAGAGAGCUACUCCAUCUACGUCUACAAGGUGCUAAAGCAGGUCCACCCCGACACCGGCAUCUCCUCCAAGGCCAUGGGCAUCAUGAACUCCUUCGUCAACGACAUCUUUGAGCGUAUCGCGGGUGAGGCGUCGCGCCUGGCGCACUAUAACAAGCGCUCCACCAUCACCUCGCGGGAGAUCCAGACAGCCGUGCGCCUGCUGCUGCCCGGAGAGCUGGCCAAGCACGCCGUCUCUGAGGGCACCAAGGCCGUCACCAAGUACACCAGCUCCAAGUAGCCCAGCGCUUCUUCUCCAGUGGGCCCAUUGAGCACAGGCACAGGUAGGCAGCUAUGGUUUGGACGAAGGUCGCAGCUAAUCUCCAUGGCAACGGACAGACUUGGGAUGGGCAUUAGGAACUGGCUAGUGGAAGAUGAGGCAGCAAGCUGGAUGCUGGCUUAUUUUCAUUAUGAGUUCAGGAUGUGCUACAGGUUCCGCACACUGCACGUCAGGCGAUGCUGGUGGAGGAGGCCUCUGCUUUCACAUCUCAUCUGAGGGACUGGCCGCAGCAUAUCCAAAUUCUUCUUUGUGCUUGAAAAACAUGCAUGUGUGGUGCUGGCCAUGGUGGCUGACUGCUCCAGAGAUAUUGCCUCUGAUGUCUUCCUGGCUGCUUUCAUACAGUUGUCCAAGAUGGGCACCAAGAAGACUGCACUGUAUCCACUCUGUGAUAGCCCAGAUCCAUCCUGUUGUACAGCAAAACAGCCUACCCAUGCAGAUCUAGCUGACAUCAACAGCCACAGCAACCACCAGGCACAGUCCAUAGAGUAAAAUCUGUACUGAUUCAGCAGAGAUCCUGCUUGGCAACGGUGUGCAAGGCCUCUGUUAAACAUGCUGUGAUAAUGCCAUGUGCUGUCCCUCCUCGUUGCUCCUGAGGGAGGAGGAGCGAGCAGGCUGGUGGCACAGGCGUGUGUGGCCUUACCCACCAGGAUGCCAGAGCCACCAGCUGACUCCCAGCUUGUGCCAAAGCAUCUGGACAGACAAGGGGAAUGGUGGGACCCGGUCAUUACCUCCUCCAGCUGCUGCUUUGCCCACUCUGAGACCUACUUCAGUGUGUAAGACAUCGCUAAUGCUGCUGCUUUUUGGAGACUUUUUUCUGCCUGUGUGCUCUUCUGCCGUGUUCACUGUAAGGAUGGACAAGUGGGUGCUGUCCAAGGGGCUGUGGGCAGCUCACCUUGCCCCUGCCUUCCCUGUUUCGCUCAUCUGCUGGCAAGAAAAACAAAGUCAGGGCUGGGUGAAUAGGUAGGGACUCUUGAAAUAUCACUGCAUCCCACUAGUAUUUCACAGAUUAAACUAGUCUAAGCUACUUCAGAUAUUCCCCGUGUCUUCUCAAAAUCUACAGUAAGGUGAGCAAUAAUAAAAUCCCUAUAAAGCCAUAGAGAUUAGUGGAGGAAUGUCUCAGUUACAAGUUUAGCAUGCCUGAAUUGCUGGGUAACAGAUAAAGAGCAUGUGUAGAAAUAGUGUGAAGCUGAAGCUUCCUACUCAAAACACAAAAUUAGCCAACACUGAAAAAAGUCAAAAUUUCUGGUAGGCUGUAGCACUUUCAGAUCAAAAAUAUUCAUGCCUAAAUUGCUUUUUGCAAUUUAUUCCGUAAAUAAAAAGAACAGCAAAGACACAGCAUCCAGAACUAAUGCAGGUGCUCUCUGAAAUUCAGUGCUAAUGUUAGGAUAAAUUCCUACCCCUAAGUAAUAGUCUUGUGGUAUAUCAUUUUCCACUACUUUUUAUCUCCAUCUUUUUUCUUUGCCCUUUGAGAAUGAUGGGCACUCUUGUUGUGUUGCUUUUGGAGAUGCAGAAUUCUGCAAGUCUGGAAGAUUCGGUUAUUUCCUGGCUUAUGAGGGUGUUGCAGAAUCCAGUUGGCCUGAGGAAGGGACUGUUUGUGCCCAUGCCACUGAGAGCACCUCAGAAACCUGAGAGCAGCGUGAGCUCCCACACGGUCACUGUGCAGGAGCUAAGGACAGGUGGCAGCCUGCUGCAGCUUGGGGUUUGAGCACCCCACACCCAAAAAUAGGCUCUCCUGCUGCACCUUGCUCAGUGGUAGGACACAGGAGGGGUUUCAGCCACGUUUCAUGCAGUAAUUCCAGCCGGAAUCACUCACAAUAUCUUUCAGAAAGCACGAGCUGUGUCUCUAGACUGCAGCACCCACAGCAAGCAGCUCCCAUAAGCAGCAGCUGUAUUUGGCAGCAGAGAACUGUCACCAGCCUCAACCGUUUCCUCAUGGUACUUUGGAAGAGACAGCUUAGCACUUCCUUUGGUUUUCCAAUUAAAUAGUCAAAAUCAGAUACCAAAGAUGAAAAAGUACCUGCACUGUCGUACCUGCACUGUUGAACCACCGUCAGUGCCCCCUCUCCCAGCAGAAGUCAGAAAGCAGAGGUUGCAGAGGGGGAAUAAGGCUGUUUCAAAGGGGAGAAAUGGCAGUUUAAGACUGCAGAAGUACUUGAAGGCUUGAGGGGGUUUUUAUGUUGCUUAACGCCUGGUGGCUGUGACUGAUCAUCUCCAUCCACCUACAGCUUAGGCUGUCAUUUCACACAUAAUUUGCUCCUCACUCUCUCUUCGUAUCACUUUCUGUUUGCCCCCGACAACCUGAAGGAGAGGAUUGGGGAACUGAUCCGGGUUAAAAUGAAAGUUUUAUUUUAUUUUUUUACUCUUGCAGGGUUCAUUUUAACCCAGUUCUGGUGGCUGCUCUGAUUUGUCACUGUCACACAGGCAGCUGUGGCAGCCAAGGGAGGGCUGAGCUGGGACAGGCAAGGCUGCCAUCAGCUGGGACUGCCUCAAAAGCAGUUGUGAAGUCAGUGGCCAUAGUGUCGAAGCACAAGUGACAAAAUGAAACCUGUGUCUCUGCCAUCUGUGCAGAUUCACAAUCACAUCAGUUCAAUGGGAGCUAUUUUGGCUGGGAUGGGCUUGGACUGAGCCUUAGGGGCAAUAGAAAAUGGUCUGGAUGUGGGAGGAUCAAAGCAGCAAUUGUCCAAACAUUGGUGUGGCGUGUUGCACAGGUCCCUGGCAACACGGAGGAAAGAGGAUUUCAUGCUUGUGGGUCUGUGCUUGUUAAAAAGAAGUCUUUUCUGCUCUGGAACUGAUAAAACACUUUGAAAAUGAGAAUAGUAUGCCUAGUCAUGCUGACCCCACCUGAUUCCUACUGCAACAACAGAAGCACCUCUGGGACAUUCCCAUCUUUUGCCAGCAAAUAA